AUGGAUAUUGCUCGAGCUGGAGUAGAGCCGAUUGUGACCAAGUUCUACCGACAGUACAUGCAGCAGAUCAAUGAUGUGACUUACCCUCCAGGCGCGCUGCUGGUGAACCCGGAUGUGCAAGACUGCUUAUAUCGGUAUUUCUUCGACUCAAGCCAGAAUAAAUACUUGCCUCCUCCGCGAUAUCAGAGCAGGAUACUGCGACGUCUCAUUGAAGAAAUUGAAAACUCUUGCAAGGACCCGGAAGAAGAUCAAGUCUCCGAUCAUCUAAUGGAGCAUAUGGGCUACCUCUCUAGCCUCCCUCAACAAGACCAGACGGAAGAAGCACAGCAAUUACGUGUCCACUCGUACUAUCCUCCACUUCCCCUUGAUGAGCCUGGAGUACGACCUGUCCUCAUCAACGAAGCGAGAAAUCUCCUCUCGAGAGGCAACAACGUUGGUCUACGUACGUGGGAGGCCGCAUUGCAUCUUGCGUGGUAUCUCUUUACCCAGCAGCCAGGCCUUGUCAAUCACAAGCACGUCCUCGAAUUGGGUGCUGGGACUGGACUUCUUUCCUUGUUGUGCGCAGCUCACCUCAAGGCCUCAUCUGUACUGGCAACCGAUGGACUGGGACACGUCUGUGAAGGUUUAGAUAACAAUAUCCGCUUGAAUCAGGAGAACGGUAUUCUUGACGGGUGUAAAUCACCGGAAGUUCGCCUACUAGACUGGACGAACCGCCCAGCAAUCGAUGAACUUUUGAGUGAAGCAAAGAAGUCAGGCAUGCGCUACGACCUUGUCAUUGGUGCUGACAUUACUUACCAUCCCGACAUCUUGCGGCCACUGGCCGAACUACUCGGCAUCCUCAAGGAUUCCUUCCCGGACGUUGUCAUCCUCAUUUCUGCUGCUAUCCGAAGCGACACAUUUUCGCAGUUCACUGCUAUAUGUCGGGAUGAGCUUAACUUUACAGUUCGCGAAGUAUCAUGCAAGAUUCCCGACGGAAUGCGUUACUGCGGAUUUUUCCAUUCGGUCGCCACGGAAAUCAAAAUCGUCUCUCUUGAACGAUAA